CAUUUGGUGGCAGUUAGCUAUCAACUUUGAAAGCAUUCAUUUCACCAAUCAACUUGAGAAUGGCCAAUCCACAGUCCAUGGUGUGUUUUCUGCUUUUGCUACAUAUUACUGUAGAAAUUUUUGCAAUGCGUUGUGAGGAUGGCUAUGAAAAGAACUUUCAUCCUUGGGAUAGAAUGCCAAACGAUGGUUUAACUAUGAAGGACUUAGUGGAAAUGAAAGAGGAUAUUGAAAAUUUAAAACAAAAAUCCUUGGAAUCCUCGAAUGUGAAAGAUUUGCCUAUGUUUGAUAUUCGCUAUGAUGCCAUACCUGAAAAAUGUCGAACACAAGAAACUCCCCAAAAUUGUGGAGAAGCCACUGCAUGCAUUAAACGCAGUGGUUAUUACCACCUAAAACUCCCUCAAUACAGCAAUGAAAGCUUUCUGGUGGAAUGUGAUGCACAUACAGAGGGUGGCGAUUGGACUGUGAUACAAAGGCGCCAAGAUGGCUCUGUGGAUUUCUAUCGCACAUGGGCUGAGUAUCGCCAAGGAUUUGGUAACAUUGAUGGAGAGUUCUUUAUUGGCAUGGAUAAAUUACAUGCCCUCACUAACUACAAUGGUCCUCAGGAAUUGCUGAUUAUAAUGGUCAAUGACACUACUGCUGGCGAGAAAGAGGCCAAAUAUGAUGACUUUGCCAUUGGCAAUGAAGAGAACAAAUUUGUUUUAAAACGCAUUGGGCGUUAUACUGGUACAGCCGGUGACUCUUUAACUGCCCAUUUGGCUCAGCCAUUUUCCACCAAAGAUCAAGACAAUGAUAAAAAUGUGGAAUCAAGUUGUGCUGUUGCCUAUUUGGGUGCCUGGUGGUAUACCAAAUGUCAUUCCAGUAAUCUCAAUGGACAUUUUGGUGAUGCAAGCUAUGGCAAAGGCAUUAACUGGUAUAGUCUUUCGGGACACAAUAGAUCAUUGAAAUAUGUCAAAAUGAUGUUGAGAAGGCGAAGAACUUUAAUUAAAUAACAUCAAAAUGUAAAAAAACAUAAUUUAAAAUAAUACCCAUGUAGAGACCCCAAAAUCUGAUUUUUGCCAAAAAUUGAUUUUAAUAGAAAAAUUUUACAAAUUUU